CAUCUCAGUCAACAGCCGCAGCAUGCCCUUCAGCUCCCCAGAAGGCAGUGAAAUCCUGGACCUGGACAGUGAAAUGUACCUGGGUGGCCUGCCCGAGUCAAAGUCGGACCUCAUUCUGCCGCCAGAGGUCUGGACGGCGCUGCUUAACUAUGGCUACGUAGGCUGCGUGCGCGACCUCUUCAUCGAUGGAAAGAGCCGCGAUGUUCGCCGUCUGGCUGAGAUCCAGAGCGCGUUUGGGGUCAGCAGUUUCUGCACCCGGGAACUGCAGAAGAGGUGCAGCAGCGCCCCCUGUGGCAACACAGGCCUGUGCAAAGAGGGCUGGAACCGCUACAUCUGUGACUGCAUCGGCACCGGAUACCUCGGUACCAACUGUGAGAUAGAGGCGACGGUGCUGAGUUAUGACGGCAGCAUGUACCUGAAGAUCAUAGUGCCGGUCACCAUGCACACGGAGGCGGAGGACCUGGCGCUGCGCUUCAUGUCUCAGCGGGCGUACGGCCUGCUCAUGGCCACCACCUCCAAGGAGUCAGCAGACACCCUGCGGCUGGAGCUGGACGGAGGCCGCGUCAAGCUCACCGUGAACCUCGAUUGUAUCAGGAUAGACUGUAGCCUCAGAGCCCAGGGAGUUUCUCCGGAGGUGGAGCGGAGGUCCGAAGCCGGGCAUCCAGUUUGCGAGAGGCAAGCAGAGCUGGAGCAGGUGUGCGGAGAUGCACGGAGGAACACAGGCGAGGUGAAGCCGCGGAUCCAGAGCUGA